CCCAAACCCGAUUGCCGGCCCACCUGCGUUUGCCUCGCGGCGGCAACUUAAACACCUGCGACACAGGCGCAUUUUAGAUCUUUCCAAUUCCACAAGCAAGGAAAAAAGACACAACCCUGGAGACGGUUUCCAGUAAAUACACACACAAUGGCGGCUUUGACAGCAUACAGGCACCUUAUGCGCGCGGCGAGGAUUGCCUUUGAAGGCGAUGUGCGAACACUCGACGCCGCAAAGCAAUCGAUCCGCCAGGGGUUCCGCGAUAAGGCGUCGCUGCCGCCUUCCGAUCCGUCGAUACAGCCUGCCAUCCAACACGCCCAAGAGGUUGCCAGUUUCCUCAAGGCCAACCUUGUACAAGGGAAGCGGGAGGAGGGGGGGAAAUACAAACUCCGCAUACACGAACAUACCGAACGGGGAGACAACGACAGCAUCAAGAUGGCGAACAACAAUACCAACAUGGGCGGUGUCAAGUGCUGCUCCGAGAGGUAGCGAAAGACGUUGGAAUAAUAGUCUUGUCAAGACGGGCGAUAGGAUGGAGCCACAAAAACGUGGCUGUCGGCCAGGAACCCUGCCGUGUAUUAUAUAGCCAGCCGUCUAUGAUACCCCUCAAUGUAACAACAGAACGUACAUCA